CCACCACAUCUUAUAAUCCAUCAAUUAGAUUAAAAUCACCAUCAACAGAUGAUAACGAUGAGGAAGAUGCCAUGAUUGAUUCAGCCAUCAUCAUUGAUAUCAAAUCAAAUUCAAAUAAUAAUGAUUGCUCACAAUAUCAUCAUUGUAGAAAAUUUAAAUGUAAAAAUUCAUCAUCAACAACAAUUAGUCAUUUUGAAAAUAUAUUGCCAACAAAUACAUUAUCAUCAUUAAUAUAUUGGCUAUUUAUAAUUACGAUAAUAAUCAAUAUAACAAUAAUAUCAACUGCAUCCAGUAAUAAUCAUACAUCCAAUAUUCGUCGUUCAGGACGAUUACCACCACAACGUUUCGAGAUGGAACCAAUCGAUAAAACAUCAAUUAUUGGUGAUACAAUCAUAUUACCAUGUCGUAUAGCAAAUAAAGUUGGUACAUUACAAUGGACAAGAGAUGGUUUUGGUUUAGGUACUGAACGUACAUUAGAAGGAUUUCAACGUUAUCGUAUGAUUGGUUCGGAUGAUGAAGGUGAUUAUUCAUUGGAAAUAUCACCAGUAAGAUUAGAAGAUGAUGCUGUAUUUCAAUGUCAAGUUGGUGCUGUUGAAGGUGUAUUAGGUAUACGUUCACGUUCAGCACGUUUUACUGUACAAGUGCCUCCUGAACCACCUGUUAUUAUUGUUACACAUGCUCAUUCACAUGCACAGGUUUAUAAAUCAUCAUCAUCAUUAUCAUCCGAUGAUUCUUCUUCUUCUUCUUCAACAUCAUUAACCGUAUCAUCAUCCGAAUCAUCAACAGAUGAUCAAUCUAAUCAACAAAAAUUAUCAUCGAAUAAUGAUGGUAAUGAUCAUAUUCUACGUACAACAGCCGGUAUGACAAUUGAAUUGACUUGUGAAGCACAUGGUGGUCGUCCACCAGCCGAGCUUACCUGGAUGGAUAGUACUGGAAAUCCAAUCACAAAUGGUGUAUCAUAUUCAACAACAAAAUUAUCGGAUGGAAAACGUUGGAAUGCAGCAUUAAAAUGGACAGUAGUUGCAAGUCGAUCAUUGGAUGGACAACGUGUUACAUGUCGUUCAGAAAAUGCUGCAUUAAAAUCAGCAAGUUAUGCACAUAUACAAUUAGAAGUUCGAUAUCCACCUGAAGUUGAAUUACGUAUUGCAUCAAUAAAUGAUAAUAAUGAUGGUAUUGUACGUGAAGGUGAUGAUCUUACAUUAGAAUGUUUAGCAAUUGGUAAUCCAUCAUUAAUGACAUUCAAAUGGAGUCGUGAUGGUGUACCAUUAAAUAAUGAUGCUGAUAUUGCCGGUGCAUCAGCAUCAAGUGGUGACGGGACACCGCGAUUAAUAUUUCGUCAUAUUGGUCGUGAAUUUCAUGGUACAGUUAUUGCUUGUGAAGUAGCUAAUAGUGUUGGUACAACACGUUCACGUUUAGAUAUAAAAGUUGCAUUCAAACCAAGAUUUGUUAAAAUUCCUGAACCAGUUAUUGGUUUAGCUAAAAAUGAACAUAUUCGUCUUAAUUGUAAUAUUGAUAGUUAUCCAAUUGCACAAAUUUAUUGGCAUCGUUUUCAACCAAAAUUAUUAUCCACUGAUUUUGUUGAUAAUAAUAAUUGGCAAACAAUUGGUGAUGGUCAAUCGAUACAGAUUUCUGAAGCAGGUAGAUAUCGUUGUUUAGCUAAAAACGAAGCAUUCGAUGAUGAAUUAAAAGCCGAAACAUUAGUAUUUAAUAAAGGUGCACCAUUAAUCCGUAGUCCAUCAAUACAAUAUGGUAUUGAAAAUGAACCAGUACGAUUACAAUGUAUUGUUGAAGCAGUACCACCACCAACAAAAAUUACCUGGUUUAAAUUAAAACCAUAUCAACAGCUACUUGGUGUUGAUAAUAAUGAAGGUUAUGAAAUACUUGAAGAAGAAGAAUCAGAUGAU